AUGGCUAGUCCAACAGCUUCUAAAGAGGUUACUCCUCCUCCAGUUAUAGUAUCUAAAGUUACCUUCUCUACCCCGAUCAAGAGAUCCCUCCAAGGCUCUCAACACUUCUAUUCCGGAGCUCCACUGGACGCUGCUGAGUUUCAAGAGAGAAUGGCUCAAGAGCUUAGGAAGCAAUGGGUUGGCCCAAUGCCCAUCGCUGACUUCUUGAAGACCUUUCUCCCUCUUCCCAAGGAAACAGUUUCCCUCAUGCCUACGUUUGCGAUCAAGCAUUUUGAUGCAAUGUCAGAAUACACCGCCGAGAAAGACAUGUAUGAUCCUUUUAUUGAACUUGUAAAUUCGACUAAUGCAAUACCUGGAUUCAAACUCCUGAAUACGUCGGUCAAUUUUGAUCCGAGUCUGAAGGAUGUACCAGGUAUGAAGAGCAAACCGGAUGUCUCCUGUUACAAAAAUACAGUCGACACGACCACUUCCGCUACAAAGUAUGAGGAUAUUGAACUUAUCUUCGAAUUCAAAUCCUCGAACGCCCCGGCCGAUCCCUUCAACGACCCAAAAAAGUCUGAGUUUCCAGCAGACUUUCAAUUCGAGAACAACGGAGAAUUGAAUACGCUCUGCAGAGGCCAAAUUGCCUGUUACGCACGAACAUGGAUGGCACAGCAACAUCGAACUCACUGUUUUAUGAUUUGGAUUGGUGGUCCGCAUGCUCGUAUUAUUCGUCUGGAUAGAUCUGGAGGAGUUGUUUCCGAGAGAUUUCACUAUGAAUCCAAUGGCUCCCAGUUGCUUGAGUUUCUGUGGCGAUUCUCCGUUACCAAUGACGCAGCAAGGGGGAUGGACACAACUGUCAUGCGUGCUUCUCUGGAGGAAACAAAACUUGCGAAGGACAAACUCUACAAAUGGAAACGAGGAGAAAGGAGCGUAUACAAGCUUAAGAUUUUCCACACAAAUGAGCCCACAACGGCGAAAAAAGAUAGUAAGCAAUCUAACACGGUGCAUGAAGUUCUGGUAUGGGGGCCUUUGGCCGAUCCCCAGUCGGUAACGGGACGCGCAACUCGUGGAUAUCCUGCUCUUGACAUUGCCUCUGGCAAAGUUGUUUUUGUAAAGGAUUCUUGGAGAUCUAACAGCCCCGGUACUGUCACAGAGGUCGAAAUCCUCAGAGAUUUGAAUUCAAAAGAGGUAUGCAAUGUACCUAAAAUUUUAUACGGUUCCGAUCUUCCAGGCCAAACCACUAUCACCCAUGCCUUUGCUGGAAAAAAGUGGAACGCGGGAUCUCAGUCACACAAUUUUGUUGAAAGAGUACACACGCGUUUUGCAGAAGACUGUGUUGGGGAACCUCUUUACAGGUUUCAAUCAUCAAGGCAGUUUCUACAGGUUGUUUACGAUGCAUUCUUAGCACAUCGAGACGCAUACGAGAAAUGCGGAAUCCUGCAUCGUGAUAUCAGCGCUGGAAAUAUUUUAAUAGGACCAGACGGUAGGGGGUUUCUCAACGACUGGGACCUCGCACGAUACGUCGAAAAGGACGAUAAAGGGGACCAUCAUCCUGUGUUUCGUUCCGGAACAUGGCAGUUCAUGUCCAGGGAACUUCUUAAAAACUGCGAAAAGAUCCACACAGUCGAAGACGACUUGGAGUCAUUCUUUUGGCUUGUCCUGUAUCACGCACUGCGGUAUAUGAAGCAUGACAAGAUUUCCAAAUUGCCAGUCAUUAUGACCUCCAUAUUUGACCAAUGCAAUCCAAGAUUUGAAGGCGAUUCCGAAACUGGAGGGGAGGGAAAACUGAGUCUUCUUGUUGGUGGAAGCCUUAUCGACUUUACCACAUUCACAAUCGCCGAUGAUCCCCCCAUGACAUAUUUUAUUCGAAACGUGAAGGCACUCUGGACUAAGUGGUACUUAUACGCCAUCAACCGGCAGUAUGAACUGGAGGCCUUGGUUGCUUCGGAGGAGAUAUCAAUCGAAGAAGCGUCGAGACAAAUUCCAUUUGACAGUAGUCGCUUGCAACUUCACAACCAUGCAAAAAUGGUGUCCAUUUUUGAUGCCACCCUUUCGAAGGAAAACUGGCCCCUAGUAUCAGCGCCUUUAGAUUAUUUGUCCAGGACAGAGAAGCGUGGUAGAAGCGAUAACAUCAUUGUUUCCAGGCCAUCUGACUCGCAAGGCUCCUCAAAGCGCCGGAGACCUCUCCCCGCACGUUCUUAG